CUGAAGACACACUUGAGUGUGUCCAAAAGGAUGAAACAUCAUUUAGAACCAGAUCCAGAGGAACCAUGAGAACCAACGCUGCAGACACAGGAGGAAGAGCGAUCAGACUGGUCAUCGUCAGCUUCGGAGUCCUGUGCAUGCUACAAGCGUCUCUCAAUGUCGGUCUACGUCUAUUCCUCAACAUGAGUCACCAAAACCUGUCUGAAGAAAGAGAUGAGCUACACAAAAUGUAUUCACAUAACGUAAAUGAGAACGUCUCAUACUUCAGAGGAAGCUUCUAUUAUGCUUCCGAGAUGAAGCGUACCUGGGAGGAGAGCAGGAGCUACUGUCAGGAACACGGGGCUGAUCUCAUUGUCAUUAACAGCAAAGAGGAGCAGGAGUUUGUUAAAAUAUUUCCAGGUCGCUUAUGGAUUGGAUUGAGUGAUCGUGAGACUGAAGGAGUUUGGAAAUGGGUGGAUGGAUCCCCACUCACUAUAAGUUCUUGGAUGUCUGGAGAACCAAAUGAUGGUAAUGAUAAUGAAGAUUGCAUUGGAAUUCUGGCUAUUACUAGAAAAUGGAAUGAUUUGCCCUGUGAUAAAAAAGAGCCGUGUCUUUGUGAACUGAAAUUUUGA